AUGACUGAACGUAUUAAUUGUCAAAUUCCAUUAUUUGCAUUAACUCGAGAUAAUACAAAUUACUUUGCUGCAGGUGGAGGUGGAAGUUGUAAAAGUGGUAUUAAAAAUGGUAUAAUGAAGAUUCCACAACUUGGAGGAAAACCAAAGUUUUAUGAUACAGGAGAUUCAUCAAUUUCAUGUAUCAUUUCUAUUAAAGACCCAAAAGAAACAGAUAAAAGACUUAUUAUUUAUUCUGCUAAUGAAUAUAUUUAUAUUGCUAAUGAAGAAUUAGAAAUUCAAAAUAAGUUACAAGGAUUAGAAGUAGAAAAUGCUGAAGAUGAGAUGAUUGAAGUUAAAGUUAUGAAAUAUACAAAAAAAACACAAUCAUUGUUUGUUGGAUGGAGUAAUGGUGUUAUUCAAAAAUAUCAUCUAGAGAAUAAAAAAUUAGAAUUAGUUAAAUUAUUACAAAAAGAAACAGGGAAAGAUGUUAAUGGUAUGUGUAUUUCAGCUCAUAAGAAUAGAUUAUUUGUUACGUCUCAUAAUAGAAAAUUAACUGUUUAUGAUACUGAUUCAGGUGAGGUGUUAAAAAGUAUUUAUCCUGAAGAUUUAAAUAAAAAAUGGGAUAAUGCACUUUUCUGGGGUUGUAUAAUUAGUUAUAAUGGAGAUGAAGCAAUUCUUGGACUAAUGAAAAAAUCCAAUCCAUCAUAUUUACUUGUUCUUGACUCAUACACAUUUACAUUAAAAAAAACUUUAUACUUAUGUAAAUCUCAAAUUUCUUCUCCAAUUGCUACUGAACGAGCAAGAACAUUAGCUAGUGUAGGAUGUUCAGAUGGAACAGUAGUUGUAAUUUCUUUAUUAAAUUAUAAGGUAUUAUCUAUCAAAAAACAUCAUUCAUUUGUUAUUCCUGCUACAACUAUUGAUUUUAAACAAACAGUAGCAACAGUUUCUUUAGAUUAUAAUUUUGUUGUAACACCAAUAACAAAUAAACCAUUUAAUAGAUCUAGAAAAAGAAGAUUAUCCUUAAUGGCACAACAAAAGGUCAAAACCCAACAAACAGGUAUUCAAAGUAAAUUAGGAACUCACUUUCAAACCAUCUUUCUUCCAACACUACAACUUAUUACACGACCACAAACAAAUGACUUACUUAAAAAUUAUCAAGAUUUUACAACAGAAACAUUACUUAAAACACUUCCCUUAAAUCACCCAAAGAAAAAAAUUAUAGUUUGUGAUAGACACUCUUUUAUGAUGAUGGAACUUAUUGGUGGUCAAUACCUUCAAGAUGAUAAUUACAAUAUUACUGAUAUGAUAUGCUAUGAAGAUUAUAAUGUUGAAAGUUUCACACGAGCAUUUUUUAGAAAGACAUUAGCAUAUUUUGUUAUUGUUGAAUCAACAAUAGAAGCAGCAACUCAUGCAUUAAACUUUAUGAAUAAAUCCUUGGAGAAAUUUAAUGAAAUAGCAAAUGAUUCAUAUGUAAUGACACCAGAAAAUUUUUUCUUUUUCAGAAUGCCUAAAUUUACACCAUUUGAUGGUAAAUUAUUGGAUCCUUUUAAGACAUCAUUUAGAUUAGGUAAAAUAGAUAUUCCUGUUGCAGUUAUUCAAGAUGAUGUCUUCAGUUUACAAGAUGAUAAUGCAUUUGUACGAUUAUUUGGUGAACGAGAUGUUGGAAUAUUGAAUGAAAUUUAUUCAUCAUUAAAUACAUUCCAAAAACGAUUUGGUUAUUUUCCAAAGGUAUUUAGUCGUGGACAAUACUCACAUCAACUUGCUGAGAUGAUGAAUAUUAAACGACCAAAUAAUGAAUUUAAUAAAGAAGUAGAUUUUGUUUAUAUUGUUGAUAGAACAUUUGAUUUAUUAACUCCUGAAUUAAUUGCUAAUAAUUAUGAAUCAUUAAUUGAUGAAGUAUAUGGAAUAAAUGAUGAUUGUACUACUGUUAAUGUAAAUUUAAGUAUAUAUGAUAAAGUUUUUGGAAGUUCAAAAGACUCAGAUGUUGCUUAUAAAGUACUUAGUGAAAAGAAAAAUGCAUUUAUUACAUUACAUGGUAAUUGGUAUAAUGAAAUUAGUAAAGCUAAUUUCAAUGAUAUUCGAACAGUAUUAAAUGAUAAAAUUAAAGCAACAAAAGAGUUACAAGAACUUACUCAACAAGAAAAAUCUAUUUCUAAGAAAUUAGAAAUGACAACACAUUUUAAUAUGUGUUUAGCAUUUGCUACAAUACAUCCACAAAUUCAUCAAUCAAUUAUUUCAUAUGUUAAUACUUAUGAUAAUUUAGAAUUACAAGAAAAACAAUUCCAAUUUUUUGAUUAUGUAUUUUCUUCAGCUAAACAAAUUGCUGGAUUAUUUAAACAAGACCUUGCUGGUCCAAUAGAAGAAUUAUUAUUACUUGGAAAACAUGAAGAAGCAUUAAAACAAUUAGCAAUAUUAUGUGCUGGGUAUGAUGGUAUUAAACCUGAUUUAUAUGAUGAAAUAAAGAAGUUCUUUAUUCAAUAUUGUGGAAUUGAAGAAUUAAACAUUUGGUCAAAAAUGGAAAUGGCUGGAAUAUUAAAGAAAACAGGAGAGAAAUCAAGAACCUUUACUGCUUUAAAUUCAGCAUUAAAAUUAUAUGAAAAAGAAAAUGGGUCAAGUUUUUAUGGAGGUUAUACUCCAUUAAUAGUAAAGUCAUUAGAAAAUAUUAUUUGUCCUCAAGAAACUGAAGAGUCUUCUAAUCAAAAAGGUGUUCUUGGAGCUGCAUUAAAAGGAGUUAGUAAAUUAACUUCUAAAAAUUUAAAUGAUAUUUUAACAGAAGAAGAACAAAUGAAAAUCACUAAUAUUAAAGAAACAAUUGAAGGAGGUUCAAAGAAAAUUGUUGUAUUUGUUGUUGGAGGAAUUACAUUUGGUGAAAUUGCUAGUUUAAGAAGUUUAUCACAAAAACUUGGAAGGCCAAUAAUUAUUGGUUCAACUCAUAUUAUUCGUAAGAAUAAUUCUAUGAUUAACCAAUUCAUUCAAUCAGCUGAAAAAGAAAUGAGAAUAUUCAAUUGA